AUUUGUUCUCUCCUAGGUCUCCAGAGCUCCCGGAGUAACCCCUCCCUCCAGGCCACACUCAGCAAGACAGCGCUUUCCUCUUCCCUGAACAGCCACCCGCAGACCUCGCCCAGCGCCUCUACGCUUCACCCUUCACUGCGCCUCUUCUCCCUCAGCAACCCCUCUCUCCCCACCACAAACCUGAGCGGCCCCUCUCGGCGCAGGCAGCCUCCCGUCAGCCCUCUCACGCUCUCUCCGGGCCCCGAAGCACAUCAGGGUUUCUGCAGACAGCUCUCUUCCACCAGCCCAAUGAACCCCUAUCCUGCCUCGCAGAUGGUGCCCUCCGAUGGGAGCCCGCUUACCUUCCUGCCCACAGACGCCCAAGCUCAACUGUCCCCACCUCCCCCGUACCCCACACCCCAGGAGCUCCCCCAGCGUCUCCUGCAGCAGCCCCACGCCCCGGAGCCCCCACAGCAGCCACAGGCAGCCCCGUCCCUGCCGCAGCCAGACUUCCAGCUCCUCACAGGCCAGGGCUCGUCUUUGACCAGCUUCUUCCCAGACGUGAGCUUUGACCAGCAGUCCAUGAGGCCGGGCCCAGCUUUUACUCAGCAGGUGCCCCUGGUGCAGCACGGUCCCCAGGAGCCACAGGACUCGUUUCAUUUGAGACCAAACCUGUAUUCCAACUGCGGGAAUUUCCCCAACAGCCUCCUGACAGAGGACUCGAAUUCUGGCCUGUUCAGAGACCUCGGCAGUGAGCUGGAGGGCAUGCCCGAGGUCAGUCUGAACAUGGACACUUCAUUCCCGUUGGAAGAAGAGCUCCAAAUUGAGCCGCUGAGCCUGGAUGGACUCAACAUGUUAAGUGACUCCAGCAUGGGCCUGCUUGACCCCUCUGUUGAAGAGACGUUUCGAGCCGACCGACUGUGAAUGGAAGGGGAUGGGGUGGUCUAAUUUAUAUCUGAACAGCUGAAGUGAAACGGAACAGAACGGAGCCCGCAGCACCCCUGGGCUUUCGUGAUCCCGGGCUUCUGACAUGGAAAGAACCAAUUCCACGGCUCCCAGCUUUGUGAUGAGGUCCCACCUCAUACACAGUGACUCAUCCUGGACCACAGAGCGAGGCCCUGCCUCUCGGGCCUGCGGCGCAGGUGACGCUGUUGCCGGCAGGCUCAUUCGGGACUUCCAACGAGCUGGUCAUCACCGUGACCAUCACCCAGCCGGUCCGUGUGUAAAAGGAAAAAGGUCACGGGCGGAGGCCCAGGAGCACCAAGCAGUGCUCAGACCACUGACCCACGUCAACACUGAGGAGGGACCGGCUGGUGUGGCGGCAGGUAGGGGCCCCAGGCCUCCGGGAGUUGGCUCAGCCUCGAGCGACGGUACCACAGCCCCAGACGACUUCUCUGACCCCGCUGUGAUGGCUGGGCACCUGCCCGCUGGCGGCAGAGCUUUUCAGGGCAGAAUCGAGAGCCGCAGCUCUCAGAUGCCUUAAUUCUAAUAUGAAGAAGAAUUUGCACCAGGAGUCCAAGAGCAGACUCGAGUUGAGCGUGCCGAAUGGUAAUUUGUUUUCUUCCCAUUUAUAAUCUUUCUGCUGCUUCAGUUCGCCUUUUCCUACGGACAAGAGGAAAAGGAAGACGGUUGUAUUCAGUCGCUGAAGGAAAAGCCCCUGGCAGUGGAUGAGCCUGAACGAAGGAGCAGUGCUUCUCGGGGACUAGAAGAAAGAAGGGGCCUGCAGGUGUCUCGCAGACACGUGACGUCCUUCAGGCAAACUCUGGACCAGCUCCAGGUGUGCAGGCCUCUGCGCACAUACCACCUGGAGAGGACGGCCGAGGUCUGACGCAGACGCGGCCAGCCGCUGAGCAGCAGCAGAGCGAAGCUCUUGUCUGUGGACCUGGAGUGUUCAUGGAACUCCACUGGACCCUCAGCUCCUUGGGGGCAGGCAGGGACUGUGCCUUAUUCACCAUUGAACCCUCAGUACCAACAAGUGCCUGGCACUGAGCAGGUGCUGUAUAACUGCGUGCUGAAUGUAUGAAUGAAUGAAUGAAUGAAUGCAGGAAUGAAUGCAUCUGCCUGCUGUAAGGCAGUCUAAUCUCUACUGUCCCUGUUCCUCGCCAGAUCUUCUCAGAGCUUUAGCUUUUCGGACACUUGUGCCUGUGGUUAAGUCAAGCGUGCACUUUAAUAUGCCCUUAACACUAGGUGAACAAACCCACCGUCAGAGCAAACCCUCCUCGAGGUUGAGCUCCAAGCAGGUAGGUGCAGACCGACUUCUGAGCACAACCCCGUGGCCGAGCGAGCUGAGGCCGCCCAAUGCUGGGCCUCGGGGGUCCACAGGCCUCCCCUCAAAAGUUCUUCCCUCUCAGAUCCAUGUUUUGCUCUUAAUUGCUUUAAAAUUGAGCUUCGGUCUUUGAAGUUGAAGGAAUUCUGUAGUAAAAUGAAGACCUACUUCAUGAAACCAUCAUUAGUCAUUGACACCUUAGCACAGUGGUUCCCAAACUUAUUUGGCCUACCGCCCCCUUUCCAGAAAAAAUAUUACUCAGCGCCCCCUGGAAAUUAAUUUUUUUUAAAUUUUAAUAGCAAUUAAACAGAAAGAUAU